UCAUUUUACAAAAUCUAUUUGGCCUCAAAUGAGAAACUAUGUGUGGUCAUAAAUCAAUAUGCGUACAGGCGAGGCAUAAAUCUGGUGAUUAGCAGAAAAUACUCAGAAUGAAGAAAGCUACAAGGACGUUGAUUAAUUAUUGGAUUUUGUCAGCUGAUGAAACGGGGAGGGUUUAAGAAGGAAGGGGGCCAUCUUGGACUUUCUGUUUAAACAAAAUGUACAACACAUGAAACAGACAGAUGUAACCAAAAGCAUAGCUACAGAUCAUCGCAGCCAUCGGCGGGUGAACAUGACGACAAAACUAUAAGAAAAAAACUAUAAGAAAAAACCGUAAAGGAAAGUGAAUUCAAAAAAUAAAAUAAUAAAAAAUUAAUAAAUGAAUAAACUCUUGCUGCACUAAAAUGACUGACUCUUUGGUGCAUUCACCCAUGGAUUGACAUUGGAUGAACCUAUCUACACAAACGUGGGGAUUACAACACAAUUGCUCUAGUGUAUUUGCUUCCAGCUUUGCAAUAUUGACUCAUUAAUUGAGCGACAAGGAAUACACUGCCCUUGGGCCCCUGAGAAACAAGACAACAGACUUGUGGAUAAUAUAUAUAUAUAUUUUUUUGCCUCUGACAAGGGAAGACUAAGGGGGCAGCUUGCAAAUUUUCUAAUUUUCUUUGAACUUUGGAUAUAAUAUUUUCUGUCCACCACCCCCUCCUCCUCCUCCUGCACCCCCGCUUGGACUGGGAAGUUAAUAUCAGUUUAUUUCGGAACAGUCAUGAGCACGGCGAGAACGGAGAACCCGGUUAUCCUGGGAUUAGCCAAUCAGAAUGGCCAGAUUCGGGGGCCUUUGAAACCUGCGACGGCCCCCCCUGGGGGGGUGGGGGGCAGUCCCCAGCCUCAGCAGACCGGCCAGCUGAACGCCUCCAGCACAAUCAACAAUGGCGGAUCCCAACCCCUCCCCAUGGCCAACACCAUCAAGGUUGGCGAUGACUGGAAGAAGAAUUUAAAGCUUCCGCCGAAGGACAUGCGGAUGAGGACUUCGGAUGUGACCGCGACCAAGGGCAACGAGUUCGAGGACUACUGCCUGAAGAGGGAGCUGCUGAUGGGGAUCUUCGAGAUGGGCUGGGAGAAGCCGUCCCCCAUCCAGGAGGAGAGUAUCCCCAUUGCUUUGUCUGGAAGGGACAUUUUGGCCAGGGCCAAGAAUGGGACUGGCAAGAGUGGUGCCUACCUCAUCCCCUUACUUGAAAGAAUUGACCUGAAGAAGGACUGCAUACAAGCUGUGGGCAUUGUGCCCACCAGAGAACUGGCUCUGCAGGUGAGCCAGAUCUGCAUCCAGGUCAGCAGACACAUGGGCGGGGUCAAAGUCAUGGCAACCACGGGGGGGACCAACCUCCGUGAUGACAUCAUGAGGCUGGACGAGACGGUGCACGUUAUCAUCGCCACUCCUGGAAGGAUUCUGGACCUCAUCAAAAAGGGCGUGGCCAAAGUUGAUAAAGUGCAGAUAGUUGUACUAGAUGAGGCCGAUAAGCUCCUGUCCCAGGACUUCCUGCAGAUGAUGGAGGAGAUGCUGAGCUUCCUGCCCAAACAGAGGCAGAUCCUGCUCUACUCGGCCACCUUCCCCCUCAGCGUGCAGAAGUUCAUGAACGCGCACCUGCAGAAGCCCUAUGAGAUCAACCUGAUGGAGGAGCUCACGCUGAAGGGUGUGACCCAGUAUUACGCCUACGUGACUGAGAGACAGAAGGUCCACUGCCUUAACACGCUCUUCUCCAGGCUCCAGAUUAAUCAGUCCAUAAUCUUCUGCAACUCUUCCCAACGCGUGGAGCUGCUGGCCAAGAAGAUCUCCCAACUGGGCUACUCCUGCUUCUACAUCCACGCCAAGAUGAGACAGGAGCAUCGUAACCGAGUGUUCCAUGACUUCAGAAACGGUCUGUGCCGAAAUCUGGUCUGCACUGAUCUCUUCACCAGAGGAAUCGAUAUCCAAGCUGUGAAUGUGGUGAUCAACUUUGACUUCCCCAAACUGGGAGAGACGUACCUGCACCGUAUCGGACGAUCUGGGCGUUUCGGGCACCUGGGCCUGGCGAUCAACCUGAUCACCUACGAGGACCGCUUCAACCUGAAGGGCAUCGAGGAGCAGCUGGGCACCGAGAUCAAGCCCAUCCCCGGCAGCAUCGACAAGAGCCUGUACGUGGCAGAGUACCACAGCGAGAAUGCCGAAGAGGGCAAGCUGUGAGCGCCAGGUUCUCACAGCAGAUUCGUCCCCGCUCCCUCCCUCCCUCCCUCCCUCCCUCCCUUCUUCCCUCCCAUUUUCCCCUCCCCCCUCUCUUUCUUGUGGAAGAUUUAUAUUUUUUUAAGCUAUUCUUUCAGCCCGUCUUCCUCCCCAUUUUUUAGGAACUUUUUUUGGUGCCGCCAAAAAAGAACUCGUGCGCCCCUCUGUGAUCGCCCGCACACGUGCAAGACUGGGGAGGAGCCUGCGGUCACGUGACCCGCUCGCCGGCCGCCGUGCGGCUCUUCCUGUGAACGCUUAUAAAAGGCACACUUCAGAAGAGACGCGCCGGGGGAAUCGCGCUCUGUCCAUCCGUGGAGGAGGAGAAGAAAAAAAAAAAAAAGAAAAACAAGUGACGUUUGGCGUCCCGUUUCCGUGACGAUCAGUCCGCAGCCUUCGUUUCCUCCCGUCUCCUCCUCCUCCUCCUCCUCGCUUCCACGUUUAAGGCUUUUAUUUUGGCUUUUAUGUGUCUGAAGUGCCUUAAGAAGCAGCAGGAAAGUAAUAACCCCCCCCCCCGACCCCCAUUCCCAGACCCCCCCACCCCACCCCCCUCACCCCUCCCUCCCUCACUCCCCGUAACUGGACCAGACCUGCGCUUCCAAUCGCUGAGUUACAUCGUUUUUCGGUAAUUCUGUUCGAGAAAUCGGAUUGGUCCUUUUCCUUCUCCUCCUUCCUUGUUUUUUUUUUUGUUUUUUUGUUUUUUUGAAAUGGAAAAAAGAAAUGCAAUUGGUUGACGUCCUCGUGUUGUGUUCUGCUGGAGGCGGAGCCAGGAGAGGCGGGAAACGGAGGCGGGGCUGCGCCCGACCGUGCAUGGGCGGGGGCGGAGGAAUACCGCCACUCUCCCGUAUGGACUUGAGCCGGGACUUAAUUUUUCUCUUCCGCUGAAAGGGAAAAAGAAAACAGGAAUAAAAAACAAAGACUCGGGACGCUCUCCUGCUUUGGUCUUCAGAGUCCCAAACACUAAGAGACUUGAUCUGAGCUCUCAGAGGCUUUGUUUCCCCGGCUGUGAGGGCGUCUCUUUCUGGGUCAGCGUUCUGACCCCCUCAGCAUCGCCCCCUGGUGGACGGACACGGACGGACGGACGGACGGGCGGCUGUCUUGCCCCCCUCCCCCCCUGGGCGCACUCAUUCGGCACGGUGUAAAAACUCUUUUGUAAAUACUUUCUUCACUUUUUAAGGAUUGUUUUAAAACAGGUGUGUGAGGCUGGUUGUUGUCAUAGCAUUUGAAAUGUGAGCAACACCUAUUUUUUUAUUUUUAUUUUUUUUUUGCGCUUUAUGGUCUUGUCACCAAGGAGACGGGGGCGUUGGGCGGGGCCACGUUACGAAGCUUAAGUAUAAAAAUGAACGGUAGCCUUAGGCACCUGAAUGGGCAGACUCGAGGUCCCUCGGAUUUUAAAGGCUGAUUAUUGGACUGCAUUGGGAAUCGGAAGGGGGGGGGGUGGUGGAGAUUGAGGAAGUGACUAAAUUCAGCAGGCGUUUAACUGUUAAAACUUACACCGCAUGAAAUUCCUGUUUCUAGUGCUCAGCGAAACGACGUGUGACGCUGCAGUGUUUGUGCCGGUUUGAUCACGGGCACAGUCGUUCAGCGUCUCGCACUUAAAAAAAAAUUCACGAUAAAUUCUCCAUCCCCCCACCCCGCCACGAGCCUCGCUUUUGAACAAAACCAGUGUUUUGACUUGACGUCCUGUUUGCCGACGGCUUGAUGUUGAGCCUAAAUGUUUAUGUAAUAAUAUGUGGGGGGCGGGGGGUAAAAAAAACUUUUUUUUUUUUUUGUUUGUUUUUGUUUUUCUCUCUCGGAUUUUCCCGCCUUUCGGCUGUGAUACUGGCUCGAGGUGUCCGGAGUCUGCAGGAGUCCGUAACAGAGACUGAAAUGUGACUCUGGGAAGGUAAAUUGAUGCUAGCCUCAGGGCUCGGAGCUGCUAUGUCGCUUAAUUGACGAGGGGAACAUUCUGGCGAAAUGAGAGGCACAGCUGUUACAGCCCCCCCUCCCCCCCCCCCCCCCCGACAUGCAGCUGUUUGGCGACAGAACACCAUUUUCACUUUUUUUAUUUUAUUAUAAUUUCUUUAAACAGCAGUAGAAUUUUCCUCUGGUUAAAUUUUGUUCCCUCCUUAAAAAAAAAAUAAGUGUCUUGGACAGUUAGUGAUUUUCCUUUUAUUUUUUUAUUUUUAUUUUUAAAAUAUAUCCUCCAAUUUUUUUCUGUAUUUGAAAUGUAGCAAGAAGGAGGGAUUGUCUGCAUAAGUCAGCUGGCUUUUUGUUUUCCUUCUCUAAAGAACCAGUUCAGUAAAAAAAAAAAAAAUGCUGCAGCUAAAAUAUAAGUGAAUGAAUAUAUUGCAGAUUGAGCUGCACUUAUGUAGACUGAAGAAUUAGGGUGGGGUAAUAGAUGACUGUUCUUAAAGCAGCACGGUCUGCGUGCAGGGUGGGAUGGGAGGGUGGGUUGUGUGUGGGGGGGGGGGGUGGCGGGUGGUUGGUUGACUUGCUGGGGCUGAUGACCAAAAUGUUAACUUUUUUUUUUUUUUCCAGUCCCUUGCUUUGCUGAGUUUUGAGUUUUUCGGUCUCUCUGUCUGCCCUUGCGGCAGUUGAUGCCGUUCUAAAUUUAAAUCUCUGCAGAGCCAGGGGUUCUGAAAAGGGGGUGGGGUGAAAAUUGGGCGGGGGGGUUGGGUGGGGGGUGGGAGGGUGUGGCAUAAGUGAUGUCGGAGUCCAGGAAGUGAUUUGCGAAUGUGAACCCCAGGUAAGGGGGGGGUGUGGGGAUAGUCGGGCUGCCACUCCUGAGUCUGCUCUAGCCCACCCCUCGCUCUUUCUGGGGUAAAAAAUUAAUAAUAAUUUGGGUACUGGACGGUAUUAAUUGCAUUUAAUUUUAUUUCCCUUCCCCCUCAUGCUGACUGUAUGCCUUAUGGUUUGGUUUGGUUUGGGGGGGGGGGGGGAGCCCCAAUGUCUAAGGUAAGAUGCUCCUUCUUUUUGUCCUCUGGGGGAUGGUGUGAUAAACCGUGCACUGGAAGAGUUCGGGUCGUCUGUAACGAGCCUUUUCCGAAAUCAGUCCAGUGCCACUGCUUUUUGGCUUUGUUUCAGGGUGAGUAUAACCUUGAAAAUGGGGGGGGGGGGGUUGAGUAACAUUGAAUGUGUCCCCAAAUUGCUGGUGUGGUUACAUCAUCCCUCAGGGAACUGAACCAAGCACUUGUUCUCUCCCCCUGUUGUAGAGUUCUGUGACCUCAUUGUCCAUGCAGAGUGGGGGGAGUGGGAGGGGGGAGGACAGGGGCUAUACUGCAGGUACUUUGGCAGCUACUUGUACUUUAAUUUUUUAUUUUAUUUUUUAAUUUUUUUAAACCGCCUGGGGGUGAUCUCUGCCGCUUCUCCUGAAUACUCUGGAAGCCAGCCUGUCUCCCCUGGAGACGCCCAUUUCGUCCCUGCUCCCUGAUUGGCCGCAGAUUUCACUCCCGGGCGGGCCCUUAUUAAAACGCCGUUUUGAAGAAUGAGAUGGGGAGCGUCUUGCCGUUUAAAAAAAAAAAAAUUUUGUCUCCCGGUUUGGCUUGGUGGUUUUGCCGCACGUCAGGCCUACUUAAACCAUCUCAUUCUUCCGCGGGGGGUGGGUGGGGUGGGCGGGACUGGGUCGCUGCCCAGAUGCAUCCUUAACUGGAGAUUAGCCAGCCGUUAAAUGACAGUUAGGAAUCCUUAACGGAAAAAAAAAAAAAGAUUUCUCCGGUACCACUUCCUGCCUUGCCCGCUGUUGUGAGGAGAAUCCUGGAGGGUUUGGGAUGUGGUUUUGGAUGAGCGGCAUCUCCUGUUCUGGAUGCAUCUGUUUUGUUCUGGGUUUUUGGGAUUUUGGUUUGUUUUUUUUUUUUUUUUGGGUUGGGGGGGGGGGGGGGGGGGGUUUGGUUGACUGUGGUUAAUUUAAUUGGAAUGUCUAAACAACCACUUAAAUUGGGUAUGGGGAGAAACGUGUUUCUAAAAAAGAUACCCAAAAUGUUUUGGUACAAAUUUUGGUACAAACAUUAACAUUUUUUUUGGCCGACUGUUCCACGUAAAUCUGUUUGAUUGCCCUAUUGGCUAUUGAGAAGCUAGUUUGCUUCUAUUUUCCUUUACUUAAAAAUUACAGUGAAAGAGUUUCGACCACUUUUUUGUUUGUUUGUUUGAAAUCGGGCCUUUUUUGUUUUUGAAUUGGCAACUUAUCAGUGAAGCUUCAUUUUAUUUUUAUUUUUUUUAAAAUGUGAUUGCAUAAAACACGAGGAGUGCUCUAUGGUUGAUAUCUGAAGCUGAAGAAAGGCAAGAAGCUUGUGUUCUAAAAUAAAGCUCACUGGAAUUCUA